UGCACAUAUGGGUGAUGUUAAACACGGCAUAUCUGGGGAACCAGGAGUACCUUUCAGCGUGACCAGAGUGCAUGGAGAUGGGGCAAGAGAAAUCCGGGCAAAGAGGAAGGUCGAUGAAGCUUCGUAUGCCUUUGUCCCAGUUCUUUCUGAGCCCAUGACUAUCAGGAGGCUUAUUCAACUUGGAUCUGUCUAAAGAACCAGAGGGGAAAAUGACAUUAACACUGUAUAGUUACACUGUUAAAGGAACUACCAUAUGAUGUUCAAGAACAUUCUCAUUGACACAAUCUAAUUUAUUUUCUCAAGUUAAAUUCAUAUCUGACAUUUGAAAGCUAUUUUAAGCUGUAUUAGCAUAGUUGGUAGAAGUUUCUAGACUUCUUAUUUAUCUUACACUGCUAAAUUCUAAUUAAUGCCAUCUUGUUCUUCUAAAGCUAACUGAAACUGCAAGAGAAGCACGGAGUUUUAAAACACCCCCUCAUACACACACACACACAGAAAGAGACAAAAAGAGAAAGAGAAAAUCAUAACGAAUUAGAAAGAGCUUGGGAAUGGACAUCAGGACCUACUUUAUCACUGGAGCUCUGCUGCUAACUUUCUAGAUGAUCUUGAGCAAGUUACCAAACCUCUUAGGCAUCAUUUCUUCAUUUUACAAUAGGGAUAUGGACUUUAGAAGCCUCAUGAGCCAAAUCCACUCACUUGGGUGUUAAUACCUUUAUACUAGGAAGUGUGAACCCAUGAGCCUUUGAUCCUAUGGCUUCCACUGAUCACUUAAAUACAACUCAGAUCUACUGUUACUGCUGUUAUCACUUUAUUUUAAUUGUUAUAUUAUCACCAAGACAAUUCAAUCAAUACAGAAAAAAAUAAGUCAGAAAAACAGGAGUUUCCCACCUCCUUAUUCCUAUGGAUGAUAUAGUACAUAUAUUUACAACCAGUAGUAGAAAGAGAGCACAAACCAAUCACGACAACAGUUGUAAAUGGCGAGCAUAGCCUGACUGGGCUGGACUGCCUGAUUACCUGCACGGUCUCCUCCCCUGGGUAACAUGGUUAGCUCUCUGGAAAUGCCUUCCUGGAUUUUCAAUGCAAAUACACGUUUAUAUACCCAUGCACAGACACAUAAAUAUACAGACAUACACGUAGUUUUUUUCUUUUUUUUAAGUAAAAUAUGAAAACAUACUAAUUAUACACCUCUAAAACUCCAAUUUCAUUGUGGACAUCUUCAGUAUCAGCAUCCACAGAUCCACCUGAAUCCACAGAUUCAUUUCAGUAUCUGAAGAUAUUCAGUUUAUCUAACCAUCUUCUGAUGAUAACAUUUAGGUUGUCUUCAAUUAAUAUGUUUAUAUUGUAGAAAAUAAGAAGCUUGGAAUUUAAGAAUUGUAAACUGUUGCUUAUAAGAACUGUUUUCAGAAGUAAGGAGGGCACCUGCCCAAAUAAGACAACAACACUGCCUUGUUCUUAUGCAUAACAACCUAAAAUUCAAGAAAUGCCUGGUGAUUAGCAAGCGGUCCGCGGAGCACCUGGUAGAAUAACCGAAACCCAAGUGUCAGAAAAGGCAGAACUAUGCUUCCUUCAGGCCUUCCAGAAAGUCUCACCUGUCCCAAAUCCCUCCCUCUCAGCUGGGAGGGCUGGAGAAGACUCAGGUGUCUCCAAUGGGAGAGGGCAGGGUCACAUCCUGUUUUCUGCUAUAAAAAAAAAAAAGCACAGAGGAGCCCACCCACCUACCUGGUUGAUUUGGUGAUAUAUUUGGCCAUGGCGUGCAGACAGAAAGGAGAUGGUGGGAGUCCCUCAAGCUGGUUUAGUGCGGAUUGGAGCACCUACAGGUCACUUUCUUUAUUCUUCAUCCUUGUGACUUCAGUGAACUCAGUAGGUGUUAUUCAACUGGGGAAUCCUGCCUUCCCAGGUACUGUCAUUUGCUAUGAAAAUAGAAUGGAAGUGGAAUUUCCAAGGAAUCUGGGCACCAAAAAAUGGCAUGCAUCUGUGGUGGAUCCCUUUAGUUUUGAAUUGUUGAACUGCACUUCUAUCCUGGACCCAGAAAAACUCACCCUGAAGGCCCCGUUUGAGACCUGUGCCAGGAGAGUAUUUGGCCAGCACCAGGUGACCAUCAGUCUCACAGACAACAGUACUACUUCAAGACAUAUGGCUUUCAUAUAUCCGAUCAGCUGUCCAGUUGUGCAAGCAGAAGAAACCCAUGAGCAUGCAGGAUCCACUAUCUGCACAAAGGAUUCCAUGUCUUUUACCUUUAAUGUUGUUCCUGGCAUGGCUGAUGAAAAUGCGAAACCCAAGACUCUGAGAUGGAUCAUGGAGGUUAGUGAUGGUGUAAAAGUCCAAACUCUGACUUUUAAGGAGGCCAUGACACAAGGAUAUAAUUUCUUCUUUGAUAAGAACAAGCUAAGCAUCCAAAUGUCAUUCAAUGCCACUGGAGUGACUCACUACGUGCAAGGUAACAGUCACCUCUACACAGCACCUGUGAAAUUGAUACAAGAAUCUCUUGGGCAGAAGCUCAUCUUAACAACACAAAUGCUUUGUUUGUCAGAUCCCGUGACCUGUAAUGCCACACAUGUGACGCUCACCAUACCAGAGUUUCCUGGGAAGCUAACAUCUGUGAGCUUUGAAAACAGGAACUUUGCUGUAAGCCAGCUGCAUGACCAUGGGAUCGAGAAGGAAAAAUCCAAGGGCUUGAGAUUGCACUUCAGCAAAACUCUUCUCAAAAUGAAAUCCUCUGAAAAAUGCCUACCCAAUCAGUUCUACUUAGCUUCACUCAAGCUGACCUUUGCCUUUAAAGUGGAGACUGUGUCCAUGGUGGUUUAUCCCGAGUGUGUCUGUGAGUCACCGGUUUCUAUAGUUAUAGGUGACCUGUGCACCCAGGAUGGGUUUAUGGAUGUCAAGGUCUACAGCCACCAAACAAAACCAGCUCUAAACUUGAAUACCCUCAGGGUGGGAGACUCGUCCUGCCGACCUACCUUCAAGGUUCCAUCUCAAGGGCUGACACUGUUUCACAUCCCCCUGAAUGGAUGCGGAACAAGAUAUAAGUUCAAGGAUGACAAAGUCAUUUAUGAAAAUGAAAUACAUGCUCUCUGGGCGGAUCUCCCUCCACGCACAAUUUCCAGAGAUAGUGAAUUCAGAAUGACUGUGAGGUGCCAUUACAGCAGAGAUGACCUGCUAAUAAAGACCGAUGUCCAAAGUCUUCCUCCUCCAAUGGCCUCAGUGAGGCCAGGUCCACUUGCCUUGAGCCUGCAAACCUACCCAGAUAAAUCCUACCUUCGACCUUAUGGGGACAGGGAGUACCCUGUGGUGAGAUACCUCCGCCAACCAAUUUACCUGGAACUAAGAGUCCUUAAUAGGUCUGAUCCCAACAUCAAGCUGGUCUUAGAUGAUUGCUGGGCAACAUCCACCAUGGACCCAGACUCCCUCCCCCAGUGGAAUAUAAUCACAGAUGGCUGUGAAUACAACCUGGACAAUUACAGAACCACCUUCCAUCCAGUUGGUUCCUCCGUGACAUAUCCUAAUCACUAUCAGAGGUUUGAUGUGAAGACCUUUGCCUUUGUAUCACAGGCCCAAGUGCUCUCUAGCCUGGUCUACUUCCACUGCAGUGCGUUAAUCUGCAAUCAACUCUCUCCUGAUUCCCCUCUGUGUUCUGUGACUUGCCCUGUCUCAUCCAGACAGCGACGAGCCACGGGCACCACUGAAGAGAAAAUGAUAGUAAGUCUCCCAGGACCCAUCCUCCUGUUGUCAGAUGGCUCUUCACUCAGAGAUGCUGUGGACUCGAAAGGGCACUGGGCUGCCGGAUAUGUUGCUUUUAAGACUGUGGUGGCUGUGGGUGGCUUAGCAGGCCUGGUGGCAACUCUAGGCCUCAUUAGCUACCUGCACAAGAAAAGAACCAUGAUGUUAAAUCACUAAGGAUUUUCAAAUAAAGUGGUUGAAGUAA